AUGUCUUUCGAGAAGCCUGCAGUAGUCAUUGACAAUGGUAGUUACAGCAUCAAAGCCGGAUUUGCUUGUGACAAUCAUCCUGUUUCAAUUUUUAGAACAUUAAUAGGUAGACCAAGUAGUUUAAAUGGCAGCUACGGAAACAAAUAUUACGAAGUUUAUAUAGGAGAUGAUGCACUUAGCCAAGAUAACUUAGAAUUAAGCCAACCAAUAGAAAAAGGCACUAUAGUGCAUUGGGAUAACAUGGAAAGGAUUUGGCAUCAGGUUUACUACAAAGAAUUGAAGGUUGCGCCAGAAGACCGCAGCGUUAUUUUGGCUUGUGGAUCAAACUCGAAUAUGGAAGAGAAAAUAAAAUGUUGUGAAGUAUUUUUUGAAACAUUUAACGCUCCAAGUGUGUGCAUUCAAUCACAAAGCGUUUUGGCAAUGUAUGGAUCUGGAACUACAACAGGUUUAUGCGUAGAUGUUGGGCAUGAUACUACCGACGUGGCACCAAUAUAUGAAGGGAAAAUGAUUGCAUACGCUUAUAUUAAUACUGGCUUAGCUGGUUCUCAGAUUUCAGACUACUUAGAGAAAUGCUUGUCAGGACGAUAUAUCUUAAGUGAUUUUAAAUCACCAUUAGACUAUGAAAGUAUAAAGAAAUCUUGCUUAUACAUUACGGAGAAUUGUGCUGUGACAAGAAACAAUUACAUACGAAAGUAUAAAUUACCAAGUGGUGAGGAAAUAGAUACAAGUAAUGAGGCAUUUAUGGCUUCAGAGCUAAUUUUCCAACCCGACUUGGUUAAAGGGGAAAAAACGGGUUUUGUACCAUUACAUGAGGCAAUUGUCAAUGCAUCCUUGAAAUGUGAUCCGGAGAUUAGAAAAGAAAUGUUCGAAGCUAUUGUUCCCUGUGGAGGACUGACUAUGAUACCAGGUUUUAAUAAUAGGUUACAAGUUGAAUUGGAGUAUUGCCUUUCUAGCCCUUUUAAUAUUCUAUCAUCCUCUGAGCAGUAUGCUGUAUCAUGGCUGGGUGGAGCUACUUUUGCUGGUCUUUCAGAGACAAUGAAAAUUUGGGUGCAGAAAAAACAAUUUGAAGAUUACGGUGGAAGAAUUGUUAGAAAUAAGUUUUUUUAA